CAGUUUUAUUUACAUCUUCUAUGGUCCAUUUUAGCGCUGUAAUUUCUUUAAAUAAAUUUAAAUAAAAACGAUAUUAGUUGUAUUGCUUACAAUGGCCAGCGUUAAAGAAGGCCUUCUUCGCGAGAAUGAAACAUUUAGUGAAAUCUCUAAAGAGUUCAAUGAAAUUACCGAUGAUCCGACACAAUUCUUACUUGUUGUUCCAACGACGAAGCAGGAGAAAAUAAAAUCUUUGCUGCAGAAAACAUACCAAGUGUGUGUAAAAAAUGAUGAAACAACUAAAAAAGCGCCAGAAAUAUUGCCGGAGUUGUUCUUGGAGGACAUGGAUGAAGAACAGAUUUGGCAACAGUUAGAACUGCGCAACAACACAAUCAUUUCAGCUAUGGUAGAAAAUGCAUCAAAGCUACUGUCAUUGCGGGAAGAAAAACUUGAAGUACGUUUGGAUGAAGAUGAAAAUGAAGAGUCGGUUGAAGAGGAUUUGGUGGAGAGUGAGAAUGAAGCAAAAGAUAAUUCCGGCGAUCACGACUUGUUUAGUGCUGAGGAUGAUGAUGAAUUCGAGGAGAAAAAUGUCUUCCAGCAAGAGAAAGAACAUAGAAACAAGAGAAAGAUCCGUCCCUCUAUAGUAGACGAUAAAUUCUUUAAAUUGAGUGAAAUGGAAUCAUUUCUGGAAGAAGAAGACGCAAAAGAUAUGCGUCGUAAGAAGAGCAAAUCUAAUAAUUCCAUCGAUGCUGGUGUUGAUUUUUUUGAUGAGAAUUUGGGUAUAGAAGGCGAUGAUGAUAGUGAAAAUGAAAAUCCAACAUACAAAGACUUUUUUGAUGAAGAUGGCGAAUAUGAGGUAGAAAUAAAAAAAGAAGACAGGCGGAAUAAAAAGAAAGAUCAUUUCGCAGAUGCGCCAAGUGGUGGCGAGGAAGAAGAUAUGGAGGAAGAUGAAGAUCUAAACGCCGAAGAAGGAGAAGAGGAGGAAGACGAUGAUAUUGAGCAAAAAGAUGAUGAAAAUGGUGAUAGCGCUAAUGAAAGUCUUACUACCAAAGGAGCUCUGCAACCCGCCUCUUCAGGUUCGGAUGAUGAUGAUACGGACGAUGAAGCGAAUGAUAAAAAGGGACAGCCACAAUCUUCGUUUCAAAUACGGCAGGCACGUUUGCAGCAACGUAUACGCGAAUAUGAGACAGAAGUGCUGGGCGAAAAGACCUGGCAAUUGCGAGGAGAAGUCCAAGCCGCUAGCAGACCAGCAAAUUCCUUGCUAGAGGAGGUGCUUGAGUUCGAAUCAACUGUGCGACCAGCUCCCAUUAUCACUGAACAGACAACGCGCUGCUUGGAGGAUAUAAUAAAACAACGCAUUAAAGACCAAGCGUGGGAUGAUCCACAACCCAAAAUAAAACCUGUGCAAACUCCACACGAACUACGAAAGCAAUUAAUAUUGGACCAAGACAAGUCCAAAGAAUCGCUAGCGCAAGUAUACGAGAAAGAAUAUCAAAAAGAGAUGAAUAAAUUGGAUCCGAAUCGGGGCGAUACAGCUGAGGAGGAAUCCAAAGAGCACAAGGAAAUCAAAGAUCUUAUGCGUUCGUUAUUCGUUAAAUUGGAUGCACUAUCCAAUUUCCAUUUCACGCCGAAACCGGUCGCGCCAGAGGCUAGAAUUAUAACAAACACACCAGCGGUGGCAAUGGAAGAGGUGGCUCCUGUGGCGGUUAGUGAUGCCAAAUUACUUGCGCCCAAAGAAGUAUACCGCGGACCUAAGAAUGAAUUGCUUGGCAAAACGGAACGUAACCGCACAGACAAGAAUCGCGAGCGACGCAAGAAGAAGCAGAAACAACGUGCCAUCAACCAGAUAUUGGAUGAGAAGAGCAAGAAAAAGCAGGAGCUGGGCAUAGCACCCACCAAAAAGGAGGAAAGCGCCAAGCUGCUAAAGUCGCUAACAAGACAUCGCAAUGUCGAAAAGUUGAACACAACCAGCGACGAUCAGCGCGCAUUGAAGUCGUCAAAGUCGUUCUUCUCCAAAUUGCAGGAUACAACCAGCGGCGCGGGCAAAGCUGCCAUGGCAGCAAAAGCGAAGAAGCAGAAAUCCGUUAGGAAAGCACUAACAGCGAAAAAAGUGAAACUGUAAUACGUAUUAUUACGGACUUUGUUAGCAAUAAAAAGUUGGUUUUAUUAUAUUAUAAUA